GUGAAGAUGCGAGAUAAUUGAUAUCAGUCUCGAAUUAGCGUUUAUCUUAGCUUGACCUAGUCGCCCCAAAAAGAACCCAAAUCUGUUCAAAAUGUUCAAACUGGUCCUCAUCUCCGCCCUGGUUGCGCUCGCCGCCGCCCAAGAUCCCCGCGAUGCCCAGGCCCAGACGCUGGUCCAGGAGUCCGAGGUGAACCCGGACGGCUCGUACCAGUACCGGUACGAAACCAGCAACGGAAUCGCCGCCCAGGAGAGCGGAGUCGGAGGCCAGUCGGCGACCGGCAGCUACUCGUUCACCGGCCAGGAUGGCGUCCUGUACACCGUGAACUACGUCGCUGAUGCCAACGGAUUCCAGCCCCAGGGUGCCCAUCUGCCGGUGGACCUCCCCGCCCCCGAACACGUCAUCAAGACCCUGGAGCAGAUCCGCGCCAACCCACCCCGUGACGACCCCAACUUCAGCAUCGAUGCGCUGAACGCUGCCAUCGCUCGGUUCACCGGAAAGAAGUAAAGCUCUAAUGCCAGCGAAAGAGAGAGAGAACACAAUCCUGACAAAUACUCAAACCCCUUACGGAAGAAAAGCAAUGAAUGAUAUCGAAUGAGCCUCGUUAAAGCUAGAGCCUAUUUAGUAGUGCAAUUUGCCUCGUCUAUUGUAAAUACCGAUUUCUCAAAUCCUUCUACAUUCUUUCCUGUUUGCACGUUUCCAAAUGCUCUACGUUUUUCAAAAUGCACUCAUACUGAACCUGUAACAAUUUUCGUGGACAGUACACAACUGAAACUUCUUGAGAGCGUGAGCAAAAGCCAGCAAACGUACCAAUUUCCCUGAGAAAGAUGGAGCCAUCGCAAGCAGCAUCGUGAACACCUUUUCCUUGUACAUAAAUAGAAGAGCGAAUGUGUGUCGUCGUUAGUCGUGAAAUAAACAUGGAACAAUGAUUUUUUUCUACAAAUA